GUAAACUAAUUUUUUUGGAAAUUCAUACGUGAAUAUGUGAGUGAAUCAUUUAUUACACCGACUCUGUGCAUUCCGGGAGCAGCGAGAACAAAGCUUUCGACGCGCCCGCCCUUUCAAGUCGCGUGUAGGCAUCGUUAAGUUAAUCUAAUCUGAGGCAAACCAGACGGCCCAUCGACUGCGCUGCCCCUGGGCCUUAAAUUAUAAACUGUACGAAGCCGGCUGGACAGCAGCGAAUCAUUAAACAUUUGCCAGAGGACGCCGCCGGACGUGCAGCGCAACUCAACGCCUUGCAAUAAAUAAACAAAUAACAGCGAUAGCUACAGCAACUCCCCAUUAACAUUACGACACGACACAAUGGUGGCCCCGUCGAAGCUCAGUCAAGUUUUUAGCUACCAAAACUGGGUGCAUGCCGUCUCCGGUGCUGCCGGUGGCUGCAUAGCCAUGAGCACCUUCUACCCACUGGACACGGUGCGUUCCCGCCUGCAACUGGAGGAGGCUGGUGAGGUGCGCAGCACCAAGCAGAUGAUCAAGGAGAUCGUUCUGGGCGAGGGUUUCCAGUCGCUAUACCGCGGACUGGGACCAGUUCUCCAGAGCCUGUGCAUUUCGAACUUUGUUUAUUUCUACACAUUCCAUGCCCUUAAGGCGGUGGCCUCGAAUGGCGCCCGUUCGCAGCAGAGCGCACUGAAGGAUCUGCUGCUGGGCUGCAUCGCUGGCGUGAUUAAUGUCCUUACGACCACUCCCUUUUGGGUGGUGAACACGCGGCUGCGCAUGCGCAAUGUGGCUGGCACCUCGAAUGAGAUCAACAAGCACUACAAGAAUCUCGUGGAGGGACUCAAGUAUGUGGCCAAGACAGAGGGCCUCGCCGGCCUGUGGUCGGGCACGAUUCCCUCGCUAAUGCUCGUCUCGAAUCCUGCGCUGCAGUUCAUGAUGUACGAGCUGCUGAAACGAAAUAUCAUGACCUUUACCGGCGGAGAGGUGGGCAGCCUGGGAUUCUUCUUCAUCGGAGCCAUUGCCAAGGCCUUUGCCACGGUAUUGACCUAUCCCCUGCAGUUGGUGCAGACCAAGCUGCGUCAUCGCAGCAAGGAAGCGACAGCGGCGCCCUCAACGUCCCGACAGGCGUCGGGCCAACGAACGGAGAGCACUCUGGAGAUGAUGAUCAGCAUAUUGCAGCACACCGGUGUUCGAGGUCUGUUCCGUGGGCUGGAGGCGAAGAUUCUCCAGACCGUGCUCACGGCCGCGCUCAUGUUCAUGGCCUACGAGAAGAUUGCCAGCACAGUCGGGCUGCUGCUCAAACGGAAUGCAUAGAAUGCUCUAGUCAACAUAAUUUUACUAGUUAAGUGUAAGGUGUACACACGCAUGACUUAGAUACGGAAAUGGCCAGCAUACACUCCAAAGUUAGCGAUUAAGCGAUGAUGGAAUAAAGAAAAGCAACAAAUUUAAAGAGAAA